AGUCGCGAAAAACUAUGAAGACGCAACUCUCGCGUCGAGCGGUCCUCAGAAUCCGGGAGUCGUCCUCCAGUUCAAAAAAUCAGCAAAUAAAUCCAACAUUUCUGUGCGCCAUUCGAAACCGUUUUUUUUUUGCAAAGUGAAAUGCGAAAAACGCGUCGCAGAGUAAUCACAUCGCAAACACAGCGAAGGCAGAUAAAUUAAGAGAAUUGAAGAAUCAAGCGAAAGCCAGUGAAGAAUCGAAUGGAAAGGAAGAAUCGGAAUCGCAAUCAGAAUCAGAAUCAGCGGAAUUCGAAUCGGAAUAACAGUAAACACAUAUAACCACCAUUCAAAAGCAAUCAAAAAAGCAACCAAACAAACAACAACAACAAAGCAACAAAAGUGCCAUAUGCAACCGAUAAGACUGUGUGAAUGGUCAAGUGGUCAUCAGCAUCGAAGCGAUUCUCUCUUCCCGCAUGUGUGUUAGUGAGUGAGUGAGUGUGUGUGUGCGAGAGAGUGGGAGAAAGUGAGUGAGUGAGCGAGCGAGAGUGAGAGAGAGUGAGACAGCAUCAGAAUGACGGACGCUCGGGGAAGCGGAUUCCCCGCUGCGGAAUUCGAAUGAGCCAGAUCCAAGACUAUUUAAGAUUGGAUUUGGACCCGGAUCGAUCCCCAUUCAAUAAUAUCCCGCGUUAUCCAGGAGCCAGGAUAUAGAAGUCAGGAAUCAGGAGCCAGGAACCAGGAACCGGAAGCACCUCCGCCGGCCAUCUAUCCAUCAGCUGACAACUGUCAGCCGUCAGCAACUGUCAGUUGUCAGAGCAACUCUGCGUCCAGGAGGCCAGCUGUCAGCGGAAGUGAGAGUGGAACUGGGAGUGGAAGGACACCGGGGCCAGCAAAACGGGACAACAGGAGCAGCAGGAGCAGGAGCAGGAGCAGGCGAGGAUUGGGCAGCGCGGCGCGUAGCGUGUAGGCGGCAAAAUGCCUGGCGGACGACGUGGACUGGUUGCGCCGCAGAACACAUUCCUCGAGAACAUCAUCCGGCGCUCCAACUCGCAGCCGGACAGCUCGUUUCUUUUGGCCAACGCACAAAUCGUCGAUUUCCCGAUCGUCUACUGCAAUGAGUCCUUCUGCAAGAUCAGCGGCUACAACCGGGCCGAGGUCAUGCAGAAGUCGUGCAGGUAUGUAUGCGGCUUCAUGUAUGGCGAGCUGACAGACAAGGAGACGGUGGGACGGCUGGAGUACACGCUGGAGAACCAGCAGCAGGAUCAGUUCGAGAUUUUGCUCUACAAGAAGAACAAUUUGCAGUGUGGCUGCGCCCUCUCGCAGUUUGGCAAGGCACAAUCUCAAGAAACCCCGCUAUGGCUGCUGCUACAGGUCGCCCCCAUCCGCAACGAACGCGACCUGGUGGUGCUCUUCCUGCUGACCUUCCGGGACAUCACGGCCCUCAAGCAGCCCAUCGACAGCGAGGACACCAAGGGAGUUUUAGGUCUCUCGAAGUUCGCCAAGUUGGCAAGAUCGGUGACCCGGAGUCGCCAGUUCAGCGCCCAUCUGCCCACGCUGAAGGAUCCCACGAAGCAGUCCAACCUGGCGCAUAUGAUGUCGCUGAGCGCGGAUAUUAUGCCACAGUACCGACAGGAAGCCCCCAAAACGCCGCCACACAUACUCCUGCAUUAUUGUGCAUUUAAAGCAAUUUGGGACUGGGUGAUAUUGUGUUUAACAUUUUAUACAGCCAUCAUGGUGCCAUACAAUGUAGCGUUUAAAAAUAAAACCUCAGAGGAUGUUUCCCUGCUCGUGGUCGAUUCAAUAGUCGAUGUAAUAUUCUUUAUAGAUAUUGUUUUAAACUUCCAUACAACGUUCGUGGGUCCUGGCGGCGAGGUGGUCAGCGACCCGAAAGUGAUCCGGAUGAACUACCUGAAGUCGUGGUUCAUCAUCGACCUGCUGAGCUGCCUGCCGUACGACGUGUUCAACGCGUUCGAUCGGGAUGAGGACGGUAUCGGUUCCCUGUUCAGUGCCCUCAAGGUCGUCCGCCUGCUGCGGCUGGGGAGGGUGGUGCGGAAGCUGGACCGCUACCUGGAGUACGGGGCGGCCAUGCUGAUCCUGCUGCUCUGCUUCUACAUGCUGGUGGCACAUUGGCUGGCCUGCAUAUGGUACUCAAUCGGUCGCAGCGAUGCGGAUAAUGGGAUCCAGUACAGCUGGCUGUGGAAGCUGGCAAAUGUCACCCAAUCGCCGUACUCGUAUAUAUGGAGUAAUGACACUGGGCCGGAAUUGGUCAAUGGGCCGUCACGGAAAAGUAUGUACGUGACGGCCCUAUACUUCACUAUGACCUGCAUGACCUCGGUUGGCUUUGGCAAUGUCGCCGCGGAGACAGACAACGAGAAGGUGUUCACCAUCUGCAUGAUGAUCAUUGCAGCUCUGCUGUAUGCCACGAUCUUUGGCCACGUGACCACCAUCAUCCAGCAGAUGACCUCGGCCACGGCCAAGUACCACGACAUGCUGAACAACGUUCGCGAGUUCAUGAAGUUGCACGAGGUGCCGAAGGCUCUCAGUGAGCGAGUAAUGGACUAUGUCGUCUCCACCUGGGCCAUGACCAAGGGUCUGGACACCGAGAAGGUACUAAACUAUUGUCCGAAAGAUAUGAAGGCUGACAUAUGUGUUCAUCUAAAUCGCAAAGUAUUUAACGAGCAUCCUGCAUUUCGUCUGGCCUCGGAUGGUUGUCUCCGGGCACUGGCGAUGCACUUCAUGAUGUCGCACUCGGCGCCGGGGGAUCUGCUCUAUCACACCGGUGAGAGCAUCGAUAGCCUCUGCUUCAUCGUCACCGGCAGCCUGGAGGUGAUACAGGACGACGAGGUUGUGGCAAUAUUGGGCAAGGGCGACGUCUUCGGCGAUCAAUUCUGGAAGGACUCGGCCGUUGGCCAGAGCGCGGCCAAUGUGCGCGCUCUGACCUAUUGUGAUUUGCAUGCCAUCAAACGUGAUAAAUUGCUCGAAGUCCUCGAUUUCUAUUCGGCAUUUGCGAAUAGUUUUGCACGCAAUCUGGUGCUCACCUACAAUCUCAGACAUCGACUGAUUUUUCGCAAGGUGGCCGAUGUGAAGCGCGAAAAAGAAUUGGCCGAACGGCGUAAGAACGAGCCGCAAUUGCCCCAGAAUCAGGACCAUCUCGUCCGAAAGAUCUUCUCCAAGUUCCGUCGAACUCCGCAGGUCCAGGCGGGCAGUAAGGAGAUCGUCGGCGGAUCCGGCCAAAGUGAUGUCGAGAAGGGUGACGGCGAGGUGGAGCGAACUAAGAAGCUACCAGCCAAACUGACACUGACCGAGGACGCCCGCAUCCUCAGCACCGCCGCGGCGCCCUCGCCCUCGCCAUCCCCAUCGCCCUCAUCGGGUCCACCAUCUGCGCGCAGUACACGGGCCAGCAAGUGGGGACGCCUCCUGGGCAGUUCAAGCGUCGAUUCAGCUAGCGACACCAGCGCCAAGGUAGCCGUCUCGAGAAGUUUGAGCGCCCGCGAAAGCCUCCGAGAGAGCACCGCCCAAGCGCGGCAGAGUAGUACUUCGAGUAGCAAUGGUGGACAAGGCAACAAACAUUUACAAUUAAGCAAAGUUUUUCCCAAGGCGCCCAAGCUGCAGGCGAGCCAGGCGACCCUGGCCCGCCAGGACACCAUCGACGAGGGUGGCGAGGUGGACUCCUCGCCGCCGAGUCGCGACAGCCGCGUGGUCAUCGAGGGAGCAGCCGGAUCGGCGGGACCCUCAGCGCCGGUGGCCACCACUUCAUCAUCAUCAGCAGCAGCAGCCGCGGCGGCGGCAUCGGGAGCAGGAUCUGCAGCAGGAUCGGGAGCCGGGGCCACGGGCACUGCUGUCGUGGCCGUCGUGACCACCAAGGCGGAUCGCAAUCUGGCCCUGGAGCGGGAGCGCCAAAUCGAGAUGGCCAGCUCGAGGGCCACCACCUCGGACACCUACGACACCGGGCUGCGCGAGACGCCGCCCACGCUGGCGCAGCGCGAUCUCAUCGCCACCGUGCUGGACAUGAAGGUGGACGUGCGGCUGGAGCUGCAGCGCAUGCAGCAGCGCAUCGGUCGCAUCGAGGAUCUGCUGGGUGAGCUGGUCAAGCGGCUGGCACCUGGUACUGGCAGCGGUACCGCUCCGGACAACAGCAGUGGCCAGACCACGCCCGGCGACGAGAUCUGCGCGGGCUGCGGCGCGGGCGGUGGCGGCACGCCCACCACACAGGCGCCACCCACAUCUGUGGUUACCAGCCCCGUGGACACUGUGAUAACCAUUUCAUCGCCAGGAGGAUCUGGAGCGGGAGCUGGCGCUGGUGGCGCUGGCCUGCUAAAUCCGGGCGCCACAGCUGUGUCGAGCGCGGGAGGCAACGGCCUGGGGCCACUGAUGCUCAAGAAGCGACGCUCGAAGAGCAGGAAAGCACCGGCGCCUCCUAAGCAGACACUCGCCUCGACGGCCGGCACCGCGACCGCAGCUCCCGCGGGCGUCGCCGGAUCUGGCAUGACGUCAUCGGCGCCAGCGUCAGCGGAUCAGCAGCAGCAGCAGCAGCCGGCGGACCAAUCGCCCACGACGCCGGCAGCGGAACUACUGCAUCUUCGCCUGCUCGAGGAGGACUUUACGGCGGCCCAAAUGCCCACGACUUCGUCGGGUGGCGGAGGAUCUGGGGCAGGUGCCACGCCCACAACGCCACCACCAGCACCCACGGCGGCGGGCAGCGGUAGCGGCAGCGGUACGCCUUCCACCACGCCCACAGGUAGCGGUACGCGGGGCAAGAUGGAAUUCCUGUAGCCCACAAUGACGGAUGUGGAGCGAGAGGAGGACUCCGGCCAGGAGCAAUAAUACAAAAUCGGAAGAGUAGGGGCCCAGCCACGCCCACUCGCAAGCCUACGCCUACGCUUAGUUAGUCUACUAUACUUAAGAUACAGCUGUAACCUCAACUCAACACAAAAGCUAACUCAUGUAUCUCAAACUCUUGGAAGUCCACUACAACGUAUCUAGCCGAAAUUGAUUGAAAAAAGAUUUUAAAAGAUUUCCUUUAAUAAGUAUUUCUAAAACCCAGUUUCAAUAAGUACUUAAAGAUUUUGAAUCAUUAUAAUAAUUUAUUAUUAUUUAUUUAUAUGAUCUAUUAAUAUGACAUUUUUGACUUUGGAACCAUUUUCUUUAAAUGCGUUAUAUAAAUAGAAAAAAUAUUUAAUUGCUUCUUGAAGAAGUAAAGUGGAAAAGUAUGUAAACCUCUGAAAUUUGAAAAUCACAAUUUAUUCUAAUACUUGAAAUGUAACACAAAUUUUAGGAAAUUUUCGAUAAUACUCACUUUAAAUUCCCAAGACAAUUUCCCUUACAAAUUUGUUGGAACAGAUAGGUUGUAGUGGAGUUUUGGAUGAAAAACUUUCUUUUUCGCUACACGAAUCUCUACCUAAUGCUAUACCAAUCUCUCACACACAUACACAAACACACACACACUCUGAAUGGAAGUGCUCGAUACUCGAUAUUCGAUACUCUUUAACCGUUACAUGAUUAUGACUAUGAUUACGAUAGUGUUAGCCAUAAUGAUAACGAUUAAGAUUAAGGCAAGCAUAUUGCUUACGAAUUUGCUACAUUUACUGCAAUUAUUUACCUUUAUAUGUAUACAUAUAUAUAUAUACAAAAGCGAAUGUUGUAAAGGACACAGAUACACCAACACUCACACCACACCACACACACACACUCUCACAUAUAUAUAUAUAUAUAUAGCUGUAUGUAUAUAUGGAUAAUUUUGUGAUAACUGCUAAAGGAGGCAAAAAACCAGACGAAGAAAAAGCUUACAGACCGAAACAAUGCCCGUGAAUUGUACAUAGCCUAAAACUAAAACCUAACUUUAGAAAAAAGGAUCCAACAGGGAUGCCAUGCCACAUAGACACACUCAAAACCCAAUAUCCAAUGUACAUAGAAACGGAUUCAUGCAUACAUAACAUAUAUGGAUAUAACCCGUCCUAACUAACUAACUUAACGAAACUCGGCUUGAGCACUCCGGCACUCGCACUCGCUUGGCUCCCAAUAUUCUAGGCUUAUAGACUCGAAUAACGUAAACGAAAUGGCAAAGAAAAACUCAACUCAACCAACUAGUUAACUCAGCAACAGUAAAGCUUAAGUAAAACCGAAAAGAUAUAGACAGCAGAAAUGUGGCCGCUAAACGAAACGACAAUCGACAGACCUAAGAAACCAAAAAACUAAAACCAAGAAAAGUUAGAAAAAGAAAUACAAAAAAAAAAGAAAAGAAAUAGCAAAUCUCUAGUUAAAAGCAAAGAUCAACUAUGAUUUCUUUGGGCAUUGUACAUAAGUGAAUUAAAUUUUAGCAAAAUAUGUUAUAACACGCUCACCAACAAACACCUACACACAUUUUUUGUGAUAAAAAAGAAUUAGCUAAAGAAAGAAGAAUUACAAAAGUUUAGACAAAAAGAAUUAACCUAGAUAUUUGUUUAUGCUGGCAUUUGAUAGGCUUGCACUUGGCAUAUAGUUUAUAGCGGAUGAGGAUGGUGAGGAUCAUUAGGAUGAUGGUAGUAGGGAACCGUGCCGAAUGCUCUUCGGAUCGCGAUAUACAGUAUCUUUAAGUAGGAGAAGGACGAACGGAAUCCUGGACAGUUUAGAGGCAAGGUUUCAUUACGUUUAAGUCGCCAGGGACAUAGCAUCAGUUGGAGUCCACUUGAAUCUCGUUCGGUUACCGUUUUGAUUCCCUAGUUGGUAUUUGAUAAUUGCUAUUUGAUAUUUGAUACUUACUUAUGAUACCUAGCGUAGAGAGGCGGCAGAACCGGAGCCCGGCUACAAAUACAUACGAACUGUCUUCCCUGUAUAGUUGGGGGAGUUAGGAGGGGUGGGUUUAGACGGGCCUCGCGGUUCUGUUCGCGCAAGUUACUUAGUUCUAGUUGUAGAUUUUUUCGAUUCCCAUUCCCAAAAGGGCGACCAGCCCCCUCCCGUCAAACCAAAAAACCAAAUCAAAACCAAAAAGCAAUUCAAGUGGUAUUAAAAUUGAGUAACCAACACUCACUCACUCAGUCAGUCACACUCACCCCUUAUACAUAUACGUAUUUCCAAUACUCAACAAUGAAUCAAAAGUUAAUGGAUAGCGAAGAAAAACAAUUUGUUGCAUACGUUUAGGCCUUAAGUUCUAGUUGAAAGUUUAACGAUUGUAGCGGGCUCACUGUACAUAGGUUUUUUUUAAAUAACUAUAAAUCAAAUAUACCUAAACAUAAAUAUAUAUAUAUAAAUAUAAAUAUAUGUAUAACUAAUUAAUAAUAAAUAAUUAGGCAGCAACCAACUGAGUAAGGAAAGCUAAGACGCACUAGGCCGGAGAAGGGAAACGAUAAGACGGAGAUUUACCGAUAGUCCUCAUAUGAAGAUACGAUAGCACUGAUACGAUAGCAGCUUAGUACUCGUAUUGUUUCACCCUAUCUCUCGCCACCUUUUCCCCCACUCUCUAUCUCUGUCUCUCACUCUUUCUCUAUCUCUCUCUCGCUUCCGCCCCCAUCCCUGGUAUUCAUUUCGGGUUUUUUGGACCCUACUACACAGAGCCUUAUAAAUAUAACCUAAAGUAACUAAACCAACUCAAGCAGCAUUCAGCAAACUAGCAACUCAGACCUAAUACAAAACCUAGCAUUAGCAUUAAAAGUGAACGAAAACGUGAAACUAAAAGUGGUGCAAUUACAAUUUUUAGAUCAAGCUGAGCGAGCAAUUUAGUCGAAAUUUAUAUUGAACAAUUUAUUGGGGUAGGAUGUGGAUACAUAUAUACAUAGAAGGAGUUGCAAAUCUCGUGUAUAUACACCCAGGCAUAAAUGACACACAACCGAAGAAGAAAACCCCAAUCUCGAAUCCCAGAUAAGAAAAAUAAAACUCAUACUCAUAAUGUUCUGGCCUUCGAUUUCGCCUAGAAAACGCCCGAUUCAGUCUGAUAUUUAUAAAGAUCGCCAGAUGGUAGGCUGCUGAAGGUCGGUUCGGGUCCGUCUGCUGGGACAUUCGCUGAGAGGCGCCAAAGAAACUGAUUAAACCAUAUUAUUAUUAUAAAUAUGUACAUGUAUAUAUGUGUACCUCUAGUUACACCUAGAUUGAUAACGAGAACAACCUAUCAAAAUUAAGCUUUUAUACGCCAGAAUUUUUUUCUAAACAACUAAAAAACUAAAACGAAAGUAAACUAAAGAAACACUCAAGAAUAUACACAAUUAAUGCAAGCCAGAGAAAAGAGCAAAAUUAACUCACAACACUCAAUUAACGAAUACCGUUUACAAAGCCCCAAGUGAAAACUAAAUUAAUUUAAAUAUACAUUAUACAAUGAUAGGAAAAAGCCUUAACCAGUAAAACACGCGCCUCAUUUUCGUUUUUCCAUUUAUUACGUAAGUCCCACAGCAAUGCUAAAAAGAAAAAAACAAAAAAAAAUACUACGGCUAAACCAAACAUACUAAAGAUACUGAAAAUACCAAACCAAAAUAUUUAGCAUUAUGCUCUAGACUCUAGACGAAAAAGAACCAAAAUUUUACAACAACAAGAUGAAACAAGAACAAACGCGAUAAAGCAAUGUUAAACAUUUUCCACCAAUUUGAGAAGCAUAGUUGCUAAAAUACAAAAAAAUACCUAAACAAAAAAAA